UGUAAACAACUUGUUUCAAGAAAAAGGCAUUGAAACGAUAAUUCUAUUUUGGCUAAAUAAUUAAAUUCAAAUGUAAAAAAGACUGUUAUGGAUAAAUACAAUAAUGAUGUAUUAAACUUUGAACAGAUUUUAAACAAAAGAAGUGACCAUAGGCAUAAAGUGCUAUAUGAUAACUCAAGAAUCUUAACAAAUACCUGUAAAAUUGAGGAUGUUAUUUCGAAUGUUUCUGAACAAAUAAAGGCAAUACAAAAGGCGGAUUUGGUGAAAAAGGUUCCAAGACAAUUAGAAAAUGCUAAUUUUCUAAAACAUUUCGAAUUUUUACCACUAAAUGUACUUUCAGACAAGGUACAAAAGCAAGAGAUACAGAAUAAAUUUGAAACGCAAUGUGUCUCAGAUACACAAUUAAUAAAUUUAGUUGAAAAUGUGGAAUCAUUCGCCUCUCAUAGUGGUGUAACACAAGAAUUUGAUACUACAUUCAUACAUAAACCUGAUGCAAAUGUGAAUAAAGAGUUAAAAGCUGUUAAAAAUGAAGGUAUAUUUGAUAAAUAUGAACAAAUUACAGAAAAAAAUAACAAGAAAUCCAAUAAAAUUUAUGUACCUUCUGAUGAAGCCAUACUUAAGCAGAGUGAAAUUAAUAUAAAUAAUAAUGAUCAAGAAGUCUGUGAUAUCUUUGAUAAUUCUGAUACUGAAGAUAAUAUUGCAAUUUUUGAACCUCUAGAGGGUAAUCAUUCCAAAAGCCCUAUUUUAAAUAAGGUUAAACCUAUAGUAUUUAGAAACACACCAUUAACAUCAUUAGUUUAUAAUCUAGAAUCCUUUGAAAAAUUUGAAGCAAUUGCAUUGCCAGUCAUAGAAGAAAAUGCUGAUUUUCUAAUUGCAAAGAAAAUUAUAAAUUCACAAAUUCUUAAUGGAGAAUUGUGCAUACAAAGCCAUAAAAAUCCUAAUCCACACAAUAGGGAAUCAUCAAAAAGUCCUGUUUUUGAUGUAAAGAUUAAAAGGAGAAAUAGUGAGACGAGAUCAGUUAAUGAUAAUCAACAAUACAUUGAACAUAAAUCUUCUCCAUCUGUAAUAGAAGAUGAGAUACUGUUUAGCAGUGAUGAAGAAAACUUUGAACCAGCUAGAGACAUUGAAGAUUUACCUCUAACCUGUGCCUUAAAAACAUCAUUUUAUAAUCAAACUGGUAUUCUAGAUAAAACAAUGUAUGUGGGAUUCCAAACAGCAAGCAAUAAAUCAAUACAAAUCCAUAGAGACUCGUUUGUGAAAGCAAAGAAUGUUUUAGAAGAGACUAACGUUGAUAUUAAGGCGCUUGUUAAUGAAUUUGAUGGUACAUUUAUUGAACCUUCUAAAUUAGUAGAAAAAAACAUAAAUGUGCAAGAUAAAUUGAAAGCAACAGGGCAAACUAAUAGUUUUCAAACCCCUAUGUUAGCAAAUAUGGGUAAUGUUCAAUUUCAUACAGCAAAUGGCAAAUCUAUUCAAAUAUCUGACCAAGGCUUACGCAAAAGUAAACUUUUUCUUGAAGAAUUUCAAAACAAUUUGUACGACAAUGAUGUGGAAUUUAAGAAAGAAGAAGAAUUUGAGGUUAAAAAAACAGAUGUAAGUGAUUUAAAAAAGCCUAAAUAUGUAAGAGAUAGUACACAAUAUGAAACAUUUCAUAAGAAAACUGAGAAGGAUAGCAGUGAUGAACCAAUAAAAAUAAAUGAUGAGAUUAUAGUACAAGAAUUUGAAAAGAGUAUGAUAAAUGAAGAGCAGGAAGAUGAUCAUAAUAAUAUACCUAAACAUAAAUUAUUUAAUAUAACUGAGGAACACAUAUUGAAACAAGAUUUUCAAGGAUUUAAAACAGCGAGCUUGAAACCAAUAAAAAUUUCAGAUGAAGCAGUUUUAAAAUCAAGGAAAAUAUUUGAAGGUAUCGAAAGUGACGGGGAAAAUAAAUUUCCAGAUGCUUUGAAGGGUACCAACAAAACUGAUUAUACAAAUUGUUCACCUAGUUGCAAAGGAUUUUUUACAACUAGCAAUAAACCAAUAAAAAUAUCUGAAACUGCCUUGUUGAAAAGUAAAAAGAUUUUCGAAGAUAUCAAUAUGAAGGAAGAUAUAGAGCACAAUAAAGGAGAAAUAAUGUCUAUGACUAAAGAUUUUCAAUGUAGAAGUGAAAUUUCUAAAGAUAUUGAUGUCACAGGAAAACUUUUAAAUUAUAAUGAAAUAGGAUAUGACAAGUUUGGUGGAUUCAAAACGGCAAACAAUAUUCCAAUAAAGGUGUCUUCGAAAACUUUGACAAAAUAUAAAAAUGUAUUUGAUGAUAUAAUUGAAGAAACAAAAUAUUCGCCAAGUCAAGAGUCAAAACAAACCGAAAUUAAUCCCCAACCAAUAACAAUUAAUAAUAUUGAAAAAAAGUUAUCAAAUAGUGACUCCAAAAAUAAAGAUUUGAAUAUAAAAUAUAACAAUAAUUUUAACUCAAAUUUUAAGCCAUGCUUCCAAACAGAAAAUGAAAAAGUUAAAGUAUCUGAAGAAUCCUUGCUACCUAGCCAAAUUUUAUUUAAUAAUUCUAAAGCGGAUAUUAGUAGUAAACUCAAUGACUUUGCUUUCAAGGGUUUUCAGACCGCAAGUAAUAAGCAAAUAAAUAUAUCGAAAGAAACACUUGCUAGAAGCAAAAGAAUUUUCUCUGAUAUUGAAUUAGAUGUUGAUGAAGACACAAUUGUAAAAAAAAUGAAAAACGUAAAUGAAAUAAGACGACUUGCGAAGGAUAAUAAAGAAAUGCAGAAUUUCAAAGGAUUACAAACUGCUUGUAAUAAAAAGAUGACAGUCACGGAGCAAACUUUUGACAAAUAUAAUACAAUGUUUGAUAACAAAGAUGCAGAUUUGGGAAAAGAUUUAAGUGAUUUCAAAUCUAAAUCAGAACUGACAAUGUCUACAUUAUAUACUGCUAAUAAAAACACAGUUGAUAUAAUAUGCCAAGAUACUAAUCCUACAUUGCUGCAUAGUCCAACCAUAAAACAAUCUUCAAGUAACUUUAAAUGGUUUAAAACUGCCAGCAAUAGACCAGUCAUAAUAUCAAAAGAGGCUUUAGCCAAAACUAAGAAUAUUUUCAAUGAUAUAGAUAGUGAUACUGAAAAUAAUUUACAGACAUCUGAAAUUAAACGUAAGAAUGAAAUACCUUCAAUAAAAUUUCAAUUUAAAACAGCCAAUCAUAAACCUGUUAAUAUAUCUGAAGAAGCAAUUAUUGCUAGUCAAAAAUUGCUCAAUGACGAUAUGGAAAAAGAUCAUAUCUCCUUAUCAAAAUUCCAAGGAUUCCAAACUGCUAGUAAAAAAAGUAUAGCGAUUUUUAAAGACACAUUGGAUAAAUAUAAAACAAUGUUUGAUGACAUAGAUACUGAUUUGGAAAAUGACUGUGUGAACGAAAAUAAACAGGCUAUACUAAAACCCAAUACAGAGACGGUUUAUAAAGAUCUAGAUGAUUUAUCAGAGGAUGCUUUAGCUAAUCCUGCAAUGCAAAAUUAUCCAGUAAUAAAACAAUCUUUUAGUAACUUUAACGGUUUUAAAACUGCUAGCAAUAGACCAGUCAAAGUAUCCACAAAAGCUCUAGCCAGAACCAAGAAUAUUUUUAAUGAUAUAGAUAUUGAUACUAAAAAUAAUUUACAGACACCUGAAAUUAAACCUAACAAUGAAGUACCUUCAAUAAAAUUUCAAUUUCUAACAGCCAAUCAUAAACCUGUUAAUAUAUCUGAGGAAGCAGUUAUUGCUAGUCAAAAAUUAUUUAGUAUUCAUACAGAAAAAAAUCAGAGUUCUGUACCUAAAGCACAAGAAUUUCAAUCUGCAAGCAAUAAAACGGUGAAGAUAUCAAAAGAAGCACUUGCUAAAAACAUUAAUGUACAUGAUGGCAUCAAAAUACAACCUGGCUGUAUUUCAGAUGAUCAAAUACAAGUUAAAGAUAUAAAAACCACAACAUCUGCUUUUAAAGAUCUCAAUAACAUAAAUGAUGUUGGUUCUAAGAGCUAUAUAAAUGUUGUAUAUAACAAAACAUCCAUGAACAACAACGGGGAUGACAUAAACAUGAAAGAUAUUUUCAAUACUCAAGUAGAACGUAACUUUGAAUAUACAUUGUACACGGAAGAUUUCUUCAAAGAUAGAACACCGGUGCAAUGUAAAAGAUCAGGAAGUCCUAUUCUGUCUUGUCCUAAAUCGAAAAAGCGAAAAUUUCAAACUCCCGCCAGUGUCGUUAGGAACAUAUUGAGCGCGAAAAGUGAUACCUGUCAAAAGAAUACAGACAACACAGUUUACGUAUUUGACGACAAUUAUAAGAAAACAAAAAAGUUUACUUUACAAGAUUUAGAUAACAUGAAAAACAAUAAUGUAAACAGAAUAGACAAGUAUAUACUUAAUUUUAACUACGGAAAUAUUUUAGAUUUCAAAUUCAAGUUAAAGAGAAAUGAAGUGACAGAUGACAUUUGGUCUACAGAUAAAAUAAAAGAAGUUUUCUCAGCGGCUGUUACCAGCAAAAUAAUACCAUCAGGCUGGAUAGAAAAUCAUUUAAAAUUAAUAAUUUGGAAGUUGAUUUCAUAUGAAAUAAGAUUCCCACAUUUGUUUGAAACACUGUGUACUGUGAGGAAUGUGCUUGAUCAAUUAAAAUAUAGAUAUGAUAGGGAAUUGUAUAAUGUGGAAAGACCAGCUCUAAGGAAAAUUCUAGAAAGGGACGAUGUUGCAAGUAAAGCUAUGGUACUAUGCGUUGUUGGUGUUUAUGUAGAUGGUGUCUAUGUGAGCAGGGUUUCCAACCUAACGGACACUAUAGAGCUAUUAUUGACAGAUGGCUGGUAUUGUAUAAAGGCGAGCAUAGACAAAUAUAUUUCUAAACUCAUUUACGACGGCAAAAUAUCUGUGGGCAUGAAACUUUUCAUUCACGGGGCUGAAUUGGUAAAUUGUGAACAGGGUUUAGCACCUUGGGAGGACACAUCAUCUGUGCGUUUAAAAAUCUCUGGCAAUUCCACUCGAAGAGCCCGCUGGGACGCGCGGCUCGGUUACCAUGGCAACGCUGCCAUGUUGUCUCGCCUGUCAACUGUCAGGCCGGAAGGCGGGAAAGUGUCGAAAUUGCGCGUUUUCGUGACCAGAGUAUAUCCUACAUUGUAUAUAGAAAAGUUUGAGGAUGGUAGUACAGUUACUCGUUCAGAAAGAUUGGAAAACAUGCAUCAAAUGAAAUAUGAAAACGAUCGACAGUUAAUUUUGGAGAGAAUCUAUGAAGAAGUGGAGAAGGAAUUUUCUGAACAGGAAUCCCAGGACUCUGAAACCUAUACUGACAGUGGAAAAUUUGAGUCCGGUACGCAAAUUGCGAAAAUCAUGAAGAAACACAGAGACCCUGCUGAGUUUAGGGCAAAUUUAACAAACACUCAAUUACAUCUCCUACAAGAAUACACAGUUAAACAGAAAGAUAAACAGAUUGAGUUAAUGCAAGAGAUAGUUCGCGAAAAAAUAAAGAAUAGCUCUCUAGGUGUUGCCAGGAGUGUGGUACCGUUGUUGAAAAUUAGGGUUGCCAGCGUGGAAGGAAGAGAGCGCAAAAUUUGUAAAGGAAUGCUCUCAAUAUGGCGGCCAAACGAAGCCCUACAAGAAGUUAUUGCUGAGAAUACUUGGUUAGAUGUAUAUAAUGUUGUUCCAACAGCUAUUAGGAAUUCAGAAAUACAGCUUUCGGCGAGCAGGCACUCUAUAUUUCAAAAAUCGAAAGUAACACAUGUGGAGGAAAUUAAUUCAUGCACAGAUUAUCUAAAGCGACAGUGUUACCAAAUAAAAGAUAUUCGAAAUUCUAAACUAUUUACGGAUAACAAUGAAGUUGAUACAGUCGGCUUUAUUAUUUCAAUUGAACCUUCAAAUAAGGAUUUUGAGAAUUCCAAGCAGCUAUAUCAAAAUAUUUACUUAGCUGAUGAAAAUAAAAAUAUAGUAUGUAUAAAUUUUUGGGGUGGAAUAAAGAAGUUUGGUUUCGAAAAUAUUCUGGACACUGGUCAAGUUAUUGCUUGUGUUAAUUUACAAAAAAGAUCUGGCAACACCAUGAAAAAUAUACCGCAGUAUCGUGCUACAGAAUUCUCGUAUUUCACCAAAACUCCAAAAUAUGAUUGCUUAAGAAAAUUGUGUUUGGAAUUAACAAAAAUAUUUUCUGGAUUGGAUAAAAGAAAAUUCUGUCUCGACUGUGUUGCUAUAAAGAAUAAUAACGUACAUACAAAUUUUCGUUUACCAGACGUGUCUCCGUACAGAAUAAAUAACAGUGAUUACAAUAUAUCUAUGAAUAAAAACUUUAUUGAUUCACCCAUAGCCAAAGAUACGAUUUUGAACUUAAGCGGCUUGGAUUUUGAGUCGAGUUUCAAACAAACAGACACACAAGAUGUAUCCCCAAGCAAGUUAUUACGCAAGAAGCAAAUAAGUGAAAAAAUUGCCAAAUUAAAAUUUUACGGCGAACCACCCCCUUUGAGUCCAAUGAACAUAAUUCAUAAAUCGAAAAAUGUUACAAGUGCUUUCAAAAGUCCGUUGACCUCAAGGAAUGACAGUGCAAACAUUGCCAGUAACGAUAUUUCAACACCUUUACGCACAGAUCGUAUAGAUAAAGAAAAUUCGAAUUUACAAUCAAGUCCAGUAUUGUCUACGGGAAGAAGCGUAGUGAAAAGAAUAAUAAGUGUGAAUCCAGUGAAAUUAAACUUUAAUACCGACGAAGUUUGUGAAAAAAAAGAAAACACUUUGGAUCCCUUUGCAGAAGAGUUCGAUGCGAGUCCGCCUUUAAGUUUAGAUUGAAUCAAAGUUACCGAUUACUUUGAUUCUGAGUAAACAAAUUGGUGCAAAGAAAGAGUAUUCUAUUUUUUUAAACUAUGUUGUUUAAAAUUACGUAUUAUUUAGUGUUGCCGUAAGACCUGUUUUACAAAUAAUUCUAAUAAAUUUGCCUUAUAAUCUACGUUUAGGACUACCUUCCAUCAUGAACAGAAUAAAACAUAUAUGAUUAAUGUGAGAUGGAGUUACAUUGUAACUUAUAAAAACAGAUAUCAUUGAAAUAGGAAUCCAGGUACUGGAAACCUUAUUUAUUUUUGGUUUUAUAAAUAUUUAAAUUAGUUUCUGAGGUGCCUUAUG